CGUUUGUUUGACGGCUUCGGGGCUGUCAGAUGAACCUGCAUUCGCUAAUAUUUCCCCCGUUCCCCCCCCCUUCUCGUCCACCCGCCUAAAUGCCCACCAUCUUCUCCAACCUUCACCAGGCACUCUUCCGACAAGGAAUUGCAAAGUCUCUAGGCCACGGUUACGCCCAGUCUCUCGUCGCUGUCACCCACCCGCAUAACCUCAACGCCCAGAACCGACCUUCAUUUGCCCGUCGCCACUCCACCCGCUUCGGCCGCUUCCAGUCUCUCCAACAGUUCCAGUCUGCCUUCAGCACCGACAAGACCGCCACCAACCUCUCGCUUGAUCUUCGCAGCGAGAGGAAUCUUGCCAAACAUGGAGGGCUAGAUGCCUACUUCGAGCACCUGCAGAAGAAGCAGGCUGCUGGCGAAGACGUAGAGAAGGAAUGGACCCAGUUCGAGUUCCAGCGCCAGAUCGAGUGGAAGCCGACUCCCGCUUCUGUCCUCACCAGCGAUCUUGGCGGGCACCAUGAGCUUCCGACAGAGAACAAGGCAGUCACCCAGGAUGGAAGGGCGUCGCCGACCCCUUCGGCUGUUCCGACGGAUGCCCAGGCUGCCCUGGCCCACAUCGACGCCGCUCUUGAAAAGGAGCUCGAGGCGAGGAACUUUCAGCAGGCCUUGGAAGAGGCCCUCGAAGAGUCCCUUCGCUCUGGCACACCCAUUGAUCCCGUUGUUCUCUCUCGGACGCUGACGCCCGAAGCUGAACGAUCUCGUAGCCCCGCCAACGUAGCCCGAUCCGUCACCCCGCCUACUCUCGCCCGGCAGUCGCAGGCCUACGCCGAUCAUCUCCUCAAGCUUGCCGAGAAUGGCCGCUGGGCGGAGAUUCCGGCUGUGUUCGAGGCCAUGUUGGUGGCUGGCGUCCGGCCUGCUGCCGGCGCAUACAACGCGCUGCUCAUGGCUCGGAUCCAGCUUUGCGCCGACAGAAACGAGAUCGUCACCAAUAUUCGCGAUGUAUACACCCACAUGCUCCGCCAGAAGACCGCCCCCGACAGCGAUACGUACAAUAUCCUCGUCGGCUUGCUCGCUUCGCGCUCUCUCGAGGUUGCCGCCUUGAAGAGGGAUCUUGAGGCCAAGCGGGUCCGAUUCGGCGGCAUGGACGAACCUGGCAAGUUCAUGCUCGCCUCGCACGAGUAUGACUAUGCCAUCCUCUCCGAGGACGAUCCCCUCGCCUGGGCCAUGAAGAUCUUCGAGAACUCGGUGUCCUCGUAUCGCGCCGCCUACACGGCCGAGUCGUACACCCAGCUGAUCACGGCCUGCGCCCGCGCUGGCCGUCCCUCCGACAUGCUACGCCUCUACGAGCACAUGGAGCUCAACCGGGUGACCCCCUACGCCGCCAUCUUCCCCGCCAUGAUCACGUCAUUCGCCGCCUGCGGUGAUCUGAUCAGCGCUGUGGAGUGCUACGACGAGUACCGCUCCCUCGCCAUUACUCAUGACAGCGGCGAGGAGUCCAUCAUGGACCGCCUGGACUCGGAAGUCUACGCAGCUGUCAUCGGCGCCUAUGUCAUCUGUGACAAGGUGGAGGGUGCCAUGAAGUUUUACGAGAAGAUCGUCAAUGAGUACGGCGCUCGUGCCGCCGACAUCAAGGAUGCCCUCAUCAGCGCCGGCUUCGUCAAGGCUUUCGUCGACCGAGGCAUCUUCCAAGACGCCCUGCAGUGGGCCCAGAUCAUCGAGGCGGCCAGCGACGCCCGGGUAACCGCCAUGAACACCGUCGCCACUGGUGCCGCCGACCAUGGCGAUAAGCUCACGGCCAUCGCUGCCUUUGCCAACGUCCCUACCGACGCUUCUCAGGUUGCCACCUCUGCCAUGGCUUUGGUGGCCCUGAGUGUCCGGGAGGGCGAUGUGGCCUCGGCUGCGAGGUACUGGCACGUUCUCGCUAGUCCCGAUAUGCAGGUUACGCCCGCUUUCAUCGAGCCCACCGCCAUGUUUGCCGUCGCCAUGAUCGGCUCCGGGCAGGUCGCCGAGGGCUUGGCGCAGUCCGAGGCCAUGUUCCAGCGCAUCCGCGCCGCGAGCCCGGACAGCGGUGACUGGAUCGAGGAAGGCAUCGAGUUCAUCAACCGAUACAUGGUCUCCCGGGGCAUUACCGAUCCGCGCGAAAUGGCCUCGCAGGUGUCCAGCGUGCCCCAGGCCUCGUUUGCCAACUCCCCGUUCACGCCGUCUGCCACUGUCUCUAGCUUUGAGGACACGUUCGACCCGUACGCGCACACCACCGAUUUCAAGGGUUCGUCUAUGAUUUCGGACGAACUCGAGGGCAGCCAUGGCCGUAAGGGUCCUCGUCUCAACGAGGCCCUGACACGGUUCCGGAACAUGCGCCGCACUGGCCGUCAUCCCCGGUACAUCACCUACGCCAAGCUCAUCUCAGCGGCAGCCCGUGAGAACAAGAUGGAUCUGUGCCAUGAGAUUCUGGCCAUGGCUCGCACUGAUGUGCCCCUACUGCCUCAGUAUGCCAUCGUCUGUUACGGCUGGUCCUCGAUCCUCGACGCCAUGGUCGGGGCCUGCCUGACCACGGGCGACCGCCAUAUGGCCGAGCAGUUCCACCAGGAACUUUUCGCCAUGGGCUCGGCCCCUUCGGCCAACACUUUCGGUCUGUACAUCACCACCCUAAAGGAGUCCACGAAGACCUUCGACGAAGCGACCGAGGCGGUCAAGAUCUUCCACCGCGCCAAGGCUGAAGGAGUCGAGCCCAGCUCGUUCCUGUACAACGCGCUGAUUGGCAAGCUCGGCAAGGCUCGCCGCAUCGACGACUGCCUGUUCUACUUUGCCGAAAUGCGGGCUCUGGACAUCAAGCCCACGUCGGUCACGUACGGGACCAUCGUCAACGCGCUCUGCCGUGUCAGCGAUGAGAAGUUCGCGGAGCAGCUCUUCGACGAGAUGGAGGCGAUGCCCAACUACAAGGCGCGGCCGGCCCCCUACAACAGUAUGAUGCAGUUCUUCCUGACCACCAAGCGCGACAAGAGCAAAGUCUUGGACUACUACGGCCGCAUGAAGGCGCGCGGCAUUUCGCCGACGGCCCACACCUACAAGCUUCUCGUCGACACGCACGCCACCCUGGAACCGGUCGACCUCGCGGCGGCCGAGUCGGUACUGGAGGAGAUUCGGGCCUCGGGACAGAAACCCGAGCCGGUGCAUUACGCGUCGCUGAUCCACGCGAAGGGCUGCGUGCUCCACGACUUGGAGGGCGCCCGGAAGGUGUUCGACUCUGUCAUGCGGGACCACGCGGUUCCGGCGCAUUCCAGCCUAUUUCAGGCGCUGUUCGAGGCCAUGGUCGCGAACCACCGUGUGGCGGAAACGGAGCCGGUGCUGGGCCUGAUGCGCCGUCGCGGUAUCGAGCUGACUCCGUACAUCGCCAACACGCUGAUUCACGGCUGGGCGGCGGAGAAGAACAUUGACCGGGCCUAUGCGAUCUACAAUGCCGUCGGCAUGCACAAGCGCGAGCCUAGUACGUACGAGGCCAUGACGCGGGCCUUCCUUGCUACGGGGGAGCGUGAGAAAGCCAAGGCCAUCGUGGGCGAGAUGCUCUCCCGGGGCUACCCCAGCGCCGUGGUUAACAAGGUGCUCGAGCUCCUGGGGGGCGGCGGCGGCGGAGACGAUGUCAUUGCCAUGGCUUGAAUGGCGGCUAUACGUACCUCGGCCGGCCUCCUCAGUUGACUUUUCUUGAGCUGGCACUGCUGGGUCACCAGCAAAGCUCUACCAGAUUUGUUUUUUCGACCGCAUUU